AUGUCAAGCAGAUUAACUGAUAAACAAAUAAUUGGAUACUGUAGACUAGGCUACGCUCCUUUUUUUCAGGGUUUCAAUGUGAGUCUGAAACUAACAACAUCCGAUGGAUCGAUCAUCGAUCAAUACAAUUUCCAUGUGGAUUCUACGGAUGGUCAGAGAAUCUAUGCAUACACCAGUUUGAGACCCGGAACCAUUUCUACAACAAUAUCCAUCACCUGGUCCACAAACAAAAAAAACAUUCCAGCACCGAAUCCGAAGACCACGACGCCGGCUGGUACUGGAUCUACGCCAACACAAAGCCCAACAACCACUGCACCCAAACUACCAGCGGAUUGUGAUGAAGUGGAGGACAAAACAUCUGGAAUUCAAAUUAUAUAUCCAGAUGGUAUCAAUCCAAUCAGUGUUCGCGGAACAUUGAAAAACAUCUCAUUUGACCUACCGUAUGCCAACUACACUGAUUGGUUUGGAGAAUCGGGAAUCGGAAAGAAUUUCUGGAUGGGAUUGGAUUCAAUGAAUGCGAUGAGCAAUAAUGGGAAAUCGUACAAUCUUCAAAUUGAUUUGUGUUGUGGAAGACAGUUGAGAGCCAAACAGAUUUUUCAUGGAUUUACGGUGGGCACAAAAACCAAUCAAUACAGAUUGACAGCAACUGCCGAUCUACCGGGCAUUGCCAAAGACAUUGGCGCUCCAUUUGCCACUCAACUGACAUACAAUCUGCAAAAAUCUAAACCAGAAUGUGACCAAUUCGAGUACUACGAUGAUAAUAAUGUUGGACCAUCAGGAUAUGGGUGA